AUGCCGGCGAGCGACCGUCUGGACAAGGUCUUUGCGGCACUCCUGGCCCGUCGGGAGUCAAAGAGCCAGCUCCGGCGGCUGACCCUCGUUCCGGCCGGCAGCGCCGACUUUUCGUCCAACGCCUACCUCUCUCUGUCGACCCACCCCGAGGUUCAGGCUCGGUACCUGUCCCGGAUCAAGGCCCACCUCGGGCCGUCACCGCCACCGUAUCCUUCCCGGAAGGUUGACGCUGAAGAUGACAGUACCACUACCAAGCUCAAUGGCAGUGGCAAUGGCAAUGGCAAAAUCCACGGCGCGUCUCUCCUUGGUUCCGGUGGUUCACGCUUAUUAGACGGCAACGUGUCCCUUGCAGAAUCACUCGAGAGAGAUAUCGCAGCCUUCCACCGCGGCCCGGCCGGCCUGCUCUUCAACUCGGGCUUUGACGCCAACGUCGGGCUCUUCAGCUGCGCCCCUCAAGCGGGCGAUAUCAUUGUCUAUGACGAGCUCAUCCACGCCAGUGUCCACGAUGGCAUGAAGCUGAGCCGAGCGGAGAAGAAGAUUGCUUUCGCGCACAACACGGUGGACCCCGCAGAAGCCCAGCAGCAGUGGCCACAGAGCUUGAGUGAGGUCCUGUCUAGGUUGACCGAUGGCGAGGAAGGCCGUCUGGUCCGCGAGGGGCGGAAACGCGUCUUUGUUGCCGUGGAGGGAAUUUACAGCAUGGACGGGGAUGUAGCACCGCUCAAGAAAGUGGUUGAGUGUGUUGAGCGGCUGCUUCCCCGCGGCAACGGCCUAGUCAUUGUCGACGAGGCGCAUUCGACGGGACUUCUUGGGCCAAGAGGGCGAGGGCUCGUUUGUCAGCUUGGUCUUGAGGAUCGGGUGUGGGCUCGGGUACACACGUUUGGCAAGGCAAUGAGUUGCUCAGGAGGUAUAUUUGACAUCUCACAGUCUGGGGUUUUCCUCUGCUUGAAGCUUACUUUAAGAACAGCAAUCGUCCUGUGCUCCCACAUCACUCGGUCAUACCUCAUCAACUACGCCCGGAGUCUCAUUUACACCACCGCUAUGCCCUUCACGUCUCUCGCAAGCAUCAAGACGGCGUACGACUUCAUCGCAAACGGCCACUCUGAACCUCUCCUUCGCCAUCUCUGGUCCCUCAUCAACCAGACCAACGAACUCUUGCUAGAGCUGCUGGAACGUCACAGGCCUGAUAGAAACCUGAUGCACCUGGCGUCCGGGAAACCGAGAUCGCCUAUCAUACCACUCUUCACUUCGGACCCUCGGAGUCUCGCACAACACUGCCAGAAGAAGGGCUUCAUGCUGAGACCGAUCGUUGCGCCUACUGUCCCUGUGGGGAGUGAGCGGGUGAGGAUUUGCCUCCAUGCUGGCAACUCUGUCGAGGAGGUGGAAGGUUUGGUAUCUGCCAUUGAGGGUUGGCUGGUUGCUCAACCGACGCAUCAAGGGCAAUUAUUUGACAAUGCUCUGGUAGGACAACCCGGACCACCAAAGUCACGGCUUUAG